ACAGCUGUGCGCAUUCGUCCUUUUCACUGCACGAACUAAGAACAUUACUUCGCGUGAUUCUCUAAAAACAAGUUGUUUGUUAUAUAAAAAAGAUAAUUGUAUUAAAAAAUAAGAUAAAAUAACUAAAACUUAAAAUAAACACAGUGGAAAAAUUACAAAACUAAAUUGUGUUUCCGACAAUAUAAUAGAAGAAGUGGAAAGUGUUGAUUAUCGAUUUUUCGGUUGUUCGUGUGUGUUGCAAAGUUUCUUCGCUGCUUAAAGACGCUGCUGCACGUUAAAAACCGCUCGGCUGCCAGCUAUGCUUAUGCGUAACUUCAUAUUUCGCACCAACUAUUUACCGACGCGUUCACCGCAUCAACUAUUAUGACGACACUUACUGGCACGACAGUAUCAGAAAUACCGUUAUCGCUACUUUAAGAGCCCCACCUACACACCGGCGCCGCAGUCAACGGCAAAUGAUAGCGAGCACCAUUGCCGUUGCGGUCACCACAAUCAUAACUGUCAACAGUUGCACGAAACACCGGACCUCAUUGACGACACACACGCCCGUCAUAAAAGGGACUCACAGCAGCAGGAGCAACAACCGAACUGCCCUAAUCACACCACCAUCGACAUCGAAGGUGAUGAGCAACUAAGAAAAAUGAACGGAGGCAAUCAACCCUACAACGCACACAAACGGAACGCCUACACAAAUCGCGGCCAGCAACAAGGCGCCGCUUGUGGCGCGCUUGGCAGAAACAAACAUAGAAUACUCAUUGUGCUCACGGUGGGCAGCACCGCUACGGUGGACACGCUGCUGUGGCAGAGCUUCGGCUGGAUGUAUGGACUGCCCGCUAUGUUCGCCGCCUUGCUCGUUAUCAUGCUGGUAACACUGGGCUGGCGCUGGUUCUACAUAGCCGCCGUAACGUACAGACGUGAUUUCACCGCUUUGUGGGCCUACAUAAAACUGGUGACGCUCAUAAAGCUUUGUGAGCGCAAAAAUUUCAAUAUCUGCGAUAUGUUCGACAAAAAGGCGCUCAAACAUCCGAAGAGGUUGGCGAUAAUCAGCGAGACACAACGCUGGACCUUCCGCCAGCUGUAUGACUUCUCCAACCACGUCGCCAUCGCAUUCCAAAGGCAAGGCUAUGGCAGAGGUGAUGUUAUCGGUUUGUUACUGGAGAAUCGUGCGGAAUACGUUGGCUUUUGGUUGGGUCUCUCGCGACUUGGCAUUGUCACGGCGCUGAUCAACACCAACUUGAAGGGUCCGUCGCUGCGUCACAGCAUCAAUGUGGCGAAAUGUUCGGCACUGAUAUAUGGCGAGGAUUUCUGCGAAGCAAUUGAGUUUAUAGCGAAUGAUACAGCCGCGAAGUUGUAUCAAUUCAAUAACGAUAUCAAUAAGCCAGUACGUGAGUCGGCGUCCGAUUUGGCGACACUACUGCACUCGGUUAGACAUAUGGAGCUCACACGUACGGCUGUGCAAUCACCAAAUCAUCACGACAAAUUGAUGUAUAUUUAUACCUCGGGUACAACCGGCCUACCGAAGGCGGCCGUAAUCUCGCAUUCACGUUAUAUGUUUAUGGCGAUUGGUAUACACUUUAUCCUGAAGUUUAAAAUAAGAGAUAUUUAUUACGCGCCCUUGCCACUCUACCACACGGCCGGUGGUGUAAUGAGUAUAGGACAAACGGUGAUCUUUGGCUCAACCGUUGUCAUAAGGAAGAAAUUUUCGGCUUCGGCAUAUUUUGCGGACUGUGUGCGCCUUAGAUGCACGGUUGCACAAUACAUCGGCGAAAUGGCGCGUUACGUCUUGGCUACGCCGCCAACUCAAUACGACCGCCGCCACAGGAUACGUAUGAUCUUCGGCAACGGUUUGCGUCCGCAAAUCUGGCAGAGCUUCGUGCAACGUUUUAAUAUACCAAAAGUGGGCGAAUUCUAUGGCGCCACCGAGGGCAACGCGAACAUUAUCAAUAAUGACAAUACCGUCGGCGCGGUUGGUUUCAUCUCACGCAUAUUUCCGCAAGUUUACCCCAUAUCCAUAAUAAAGGCCGAUCCAGACACGGGCGUACCGAUACGUGGCGCCGAUGGCUUGUGUCAGCCUUGCGCACCGGGCGAGGCGGGUGUGUUCAUCGGCAGGAUCAUCAAAGGCAUUCCGUCGCGUGAAUUUCUCGGUUAUGCGGAUGAAGGUGAGUCGUCGAAGAAAAUUGCACGUGAUGUCUUUAGAAAAGGCGACAUGGCAUUCAUAUCAGGCGAUCUGUUGACUUCGGAUGAGCGAGGUUACUUGCAUUUUGUGGAUCGUACGGGUGAUACAUUUCGCUGGAAGGGUGAGAAUGUGUCGACCACUGAGGUGGAGGCGCAGAUCAGUAAUAUCUCGCUGUUGAAGGAUACUAUAGUUUACGGUGUUGCGAUACCAAAUACCGAAGGUCGUGCGGGUAUGGCGGCUAUAUAUGAUCCCGAGCGUCAACUAAAUCUUGAUUACGUUGCAUACGAACUGUCGCAGGUGUUGCCGCCUUACGCACGCCCACAAUUCAUACGGAUUUUGACUAAACUUGAUAUCACUGGCACUUAUAAGCUGCGCAAAGUUGAUCUGCAAAGAGAGGGCUACAAUCCGCAUGUCAUCGACGAUAUGCUGUUCUAUCGCACAACUUCCGGCAGCUAUGAAUUACUCAGUAGCGAAGUUUUCGAAAAGAUAAACCAGGGUCUCAUUCGUUUUUAAAUUGUUAUUAUUUACUAUUUCACUAUAACUAUAUUGUAGAUUUAUCAUUUCGUAGAGAAUUCAUUCAAUCAUACUAGCCAAUCUGUAAAUAUUAUUUUAAAAUAAUAUUAAAUAAAGUUUGAACAACACAUACAAUAUAAA